UAGAUAAUCUGAUACAGAAUCAUGCCGACAUCUGACAUGUUUAAAACUUUACUUUAUACAAUAAACACUUUAUUACAGCAGGAGAAACACAAAGCUGCUCUCGCCGUGCUUAAAGGCUUCAGAAAUGGCAUUGUAUACGGUGCCAAGAUUCGAGCUCCACAUGCUUUGGUGAUGACGUUUCUUUUUCGAAGUGGCAGCCUGAAAUCCAAGUUAAAAGCUAUAGCCCAGGCCACUUAUACACACUCGAGGAAUCUAGGCUACUUUGUAUUCACAUAUAAAGGACUGCUGGCUCUUCAGAAGUACUUUCAGGGAAAGAGUCUUCAGUCUCACUCCUUCCUGGCUGCCUGCCUUGGUGGUUGGCUGGUAUUUGGGGACAAUAACAAUAUUAAUAGCCAAAUAAACAUGUACCUGCUGUCUAGAAUUCUCUUUGCACUGAGCCGCCUGGCUGUAGAGAAAGGCUACAUCUCCCAGCCCAAGAGAGACCCCUUCCCACUGUUUGCAACACUGGUUUGGGGCAUCGUGCUCUGGCUGUUCGAGUACUACCCUCACACACUGCAGCCUUCACUUCAGUCCUCCAUGACCUACCUCUAUCACGACAGCAACACAUGGCACGAUGUCUCUGAUUUUCUGAUUUAUAACAAACCAAAGAACUGAGCAAAAAACAUUCUACAUUUACUAACCCCAUUUCCGGAAAACAUUUUUUGUUUUAAUGUCGUAAAAAGAAGAAUCUGUGAUUUGUUAAUUCUGAUGAAAAUUGAACUGACAAAAGUAGAAAAAAUAUUUCUAAUGUUUUCACUGAUCAGUUUCAUUGUAUUUUGUAAAUAUAAACACAAUUAGAAUUUGAUGCCUACAACACACCCAGAGGCAUGUUUAGCACUGUGAUCCAUCAACUUUCCUAUUAAUGACACUUCAUAAUGGUUUGGGAACUGAGGACAAUAAUUGUUGCAGUUUUCCAAGUGGAAAUUUUUCUCUAUUAUUGCCUGAUACGAGACUUCAGCUGCUCCACAGUCUGUGGUUGCUGUUGUCCAAUUUUCCUCUUCAUGAUGUGCCAUACAUUUUCAUAAAGAGAUAGAUCUGGACUGCAGGCAUGCCACUUAAGCACACACACACACACUGUGUCUAUAAAGCCAUACUGUUGUAGCACAUGCAGAAUGUCUUUUGAUCCAUUGAGAUGAGUUCUGGCCCAGAGAACUCAGCAGUGUUUCUGUAUGAAAUUGAUCUCUGGCUUUUUCUUUGUUUAAUAUAGUUUCUCUUGUAGCAUGACAUUUCUCACACAAUGCCACUUCAAGAUCAUGCACGUUCAACAGUGGUGUCUGUCCAUGACCUAUAUGGACUGAGUUUUUCUCUGGGUUCUCUGAAUCUUUUCACAAUGUUAUAUACAGCAGAUGGUAAAGCACCUACAUUAUUUGCAAUCUUGUGUUGAGAAUUAUUUUUGAACUGGUUGACUGUUUCUCUUGAGCCAUGUGGUGAGCCAUGACCCAUCAUUGCUUACACAGAAUGAGCCUUUAGUGGAUCCUCCUUUUAUACCUAAUUAUCAUUCCCUCACUUGAUCGAUGCAGGAGUCAUUCUUAUACAAGAUAAGCUUAUGAUUGGAUUUAAUUUAUUUAAAGGUGAUUGGAUUUAAUUAAUCCAUAGAUCUUGUAUGGUUUAUUUUGAAUGUGUAAUGCUUUCAUUAUUGUUUUGUGGAGUGAUCUACAUGCCGUUGGCCUAGUGAAACAAGUGUGUAUACAUUACAUAACUUUUGAUUUUAUUACUUUUGCAGUUGUAAAUCUAUGUGGAUUAGGGAGAACAUUCAUUUUAAAUGCUGUAUUAACUACAGUACUGUUAACGAUUGUACUAAUUUAUUAUACAUGUAUUUUAAUUAAUAAAUGGGCAUAUAGU